UUGCUGACAAAUUUAAGAAAAGAAUCAUCAGACAUGUCGCAUCCCUCGUAACUCGUUAGUCUUUGCAUUAGGCCAUCUACAAAGAUCUACGCAUCAUCUUUGAUCUUAUUCUAAUUCUACACCAAAGCACCGCAUAUGCACUUGCCGAUUCAUACGGAGAUAAAUCGCCUUUAUAUCGUGAAGGACGGUGCCGCCGCUACUCCGCUAAACGCGUCGCAUGUGCCUGUCUCUACUGGACAUGUCCUCUUCAGUGCUUAUCGAGUGCGAUUGACACAAGUGGCGGCGGGCGGCGGCGGAUGGGAGGGCAGUAUCCGGUCGGCGGGGAGGGGAACGCCACGCCGACCGACCGACCGACCGACGCCGCCACCAGUCGUCGGCCAACAGUGGGGGGAGCCGCAGCGCCGCCGCCACGCGCCCCGGUCCCAGCCACGCGCUUCCAGAAUUGUCAUGGAGGUCACGGAGAGAGUCGCCAACCCCGCCAAGUGCCGGGUGCACCUCCACAUUCACCUGGAUGGCGCCAUCCGCCCCUCCACCAUCUGGGAGCUGAGCAGACAGAAGAAGUUGCCGCUGCCUGGAAACGGUAGUCUAAAAGAGCUGGAAGAAGCGCUGCAGAUUCACUCGCCACGGGACUUGGCUUUCUUCCUGUCGAAAUUCAGAUGGAUCUGCCCAGCUGUCAUGGGGGACCUGGCCGCGAUCGAGCGCGUGGCGUUCGAGUUUGUCGAGGACGAGGCUGGUAGCGCGGUGCUGUACACGGAGCCGCGGUUCAGCCCGCACCUGCUGGUGGGCGCCGGCGGCCAGGUGACGGCCCGCCAGGUGACGGAGGCGGCGCUGCGCGGCCUGGCGCGCGGUCAGCAACAGUUCGGCGUCACCGCCCGCCUCCUGCUCUGCUGCAUCAGGGGAAUGACAGAAUUCUACAGCGAGACGUUAGAGCUGUGUACGGAGUUCCGGGACAAGGGAGUGGUCGGAAUGGACAUCGCCGGAGACGAGGCGUCGGCCACUACCAAAGACGGCGACGCUCACAGCUGCGAACAGAUGCUAGAGCCGGAGCUGAAGCUGUUCCAGGAGGCGGCCCGGCGCGGGAUCCACCGCACCGUACACGCCGGAGAGGCAGGACCCGCCUACAUGGUACAGGUGGCGCUCGAUAAGAUGCACGCCGAGCGGAUCGGUCACGGCUACCACGUGCUGGAGGACGAGGAGCUGUAUAAACGCUGUAUCAAGGAGCGCGUCCACUUCGAGUGCUGCCCCUCCUCCAGCUACCUGACAGGCGCCGUGUCACUCACACAGACUAAGCACCCUGUUCAGAGAUUUUAUGAGGACGGCGCCAGUUUCUCGGUGAACCUGGACGACCCGACCGUGAUCCAGGCGGACAUGGACACAGAGUACAGUCUGCUCCGCCGAAUGGGCUUCAACGAGGCCAUGUUCGCUACCAUGAAUUUCAACGCAGCGAAAGCAAGUUUCCUGCCCGAUAGCGAGAAAAAAGAACUGCUGAAGAAGCUUCGUGAGGCUUUCGGUGUGCCGGAAACUGACUAACGACCGAACACACACCGUUGAUACAUUCCUACCAUAUCGUGAACUGCAUGCUACGUGUACCGUCACUGCUGAUUAAUGUGAAAUACAAUAGUUACUGAGCAUACGU